AUGCCACCUGCAGAAACGACACCGCCCAACGUGGCACUGCGCGCCACCCUGUUCCUCAACGAGGGAGUCAUCAAGGCGUUCUGCACUGGGUACGGCUGCCCGACUUGCCGACUCGGUGACGGCGCCGAGGUCGUCCUCGCCCCCUCGGCACCCCUGCGCAAGGAAUACUACGAGGUGGAAGCCUCCUCGUGCCGGGACUGCACGCGCCCGGGGGGUAUGUACCGCGUGUCACACUGGGGCAAGCGCCGAGUGUCCGUUGUCAACGGCGAGACUCAGGUCGCCCACCUCGUCCGCGUACACCGCAAGAGCCUGCUCGAGAUCAACCCCGACGGGUCGGCCCCACUCUCACGCCCGGCAUCGCCACACACGCCCCCCACGUCCGACCCAUCGACGUACCCCUCUGGAAGGCAGAGCACCGAGCCGACUUCCCCGUUCCGUCUUGGGGUGCCCCUCAAGAAGAGCAGUGGACGGCGUCGCGAGUCUGAGCCGCUUCCCACGUCCCCCGCACCACCCAAGGCCGCGCCCCUGCCACCGAGCAGCCCGCUGCCCAAGACUCCCCCAAGGGCCGAUCCGCCACGAACUAGGACCGCGAGCCACCCACACCCUCUUCACAGCUACUGGUCGCCUGAACCCACGUCCAUCACGCCUCCUCCGCGACCAUCGGGGCCCAAGCCGCGUCCGCCACUCGUCGGCCCGUCCGCCCCGCCAUCGACCCCCCGAAGCGAGCCCACUGCCCGCGACGUCCGCCACUGUUUCCUCCUUGCUCCGGCGUGUCGCCGAGCUGGAAUCCCAAAACAUCGCCCUUCAGCGGCAGCACCGGGCACUGGAGAGCGACACGGGCGCCCAGCUCGCCGCUAA